AUGGAGAGUACUCCCUAUUCUAGUGGGGUUGGAAGCAUCAUGUAUGGCAUGGUUUGUAGUAGACCGGAUUUAUCCUAUGCAAUAAGUGUGGUGAGUCGGUUUAUGGCAAAUUCAGGCCUAGUCCAUUGGCAAGCUUUGAAGUGGGUGUUGAGAUAUUUGAACGGGUCCUUGAAGGAUGGUCUUCGAUACAAGAGAAUCGAUCCGGGAAGGGAUGCUUUAGAGGGAUAUGUAGAUGCCGACUAUGCGGGAAAUGUGGAUACUAGAAAAUCCUUGUCGGGGUUUGUGUUAACUUUGUUUGGAACGGCGGUGACUUGGAAGGCUAAUCAACAAUCAGUUGUAGCUUUGUCGACAACUCAAGAGGAGUAUAUAGCACUUGUGGAAGGUGUGAAGGAAGCCAUAUGGUUGAAAGGUAUGAUUGGCGAAAUGGGGAUUGGUCAAGGUUGUGUGAAGAUACGUUGUGAUAGUCAAAGUGUCAUUCAUUUGGCAAAUCAUCAAGUGUAUCAUGAGAGGACUAAACACAUUGACAUCCGGUUGCACUUUGUGAGAGACAUGAUUGAGACAAAGGAAAUCAUUGUGGAAAAGGUUGCAUCGGAAGAGAAUCUGGCGGACAUGUUCACCAAAUCGUUACCAAGAUCAAGGUUCAAGCAUUGCUUGGACUUGAUUAAUUUUGAAGAGUAG